CGUCGCUUCCCACCACGGCUCCAUCGAAGAUACUUCAGCUUCAGCUCCAAUGCUCUCCCUUGUCUCUAAUCUCGUUCCUCACCUGGCUCCACCAGUUAACAGUUGCAGCUCUUUCUCUGUCAAAAAGCCACAAACAGAAGCUUCUCUGUAUGUCUAUGUAUUUACAAUAAUAACAAGGAAGAGACGGGGACUCAGAGGUUUGGGUGGCUUGGAGCAUGGGUAGUUUGGGCCGAGUUCUGGCUGUUUCUCACUCUAAUAAGCCGCUGCGCCUGUCAGGUCCUCACAGUUUACAUCACUCAAACGGUAGAUUUGUUGGUUUCAACCGCAAAUUGAGCUCGAAAUGGCGAUCUACGGCGUCCGAACUCGAAUCUUCUUCUUUCGCGCCUUCUGUCGACUCUGAUUCCACUGAUAAAAACGCAGCUGGGUUUUGUAUUAUAGAAGGACCUGAAACGGUUCAAGACUUCGCUAAAAUGGAACUGCAAGAAAUUCGAGAUAAUAUUCGAAGUCGGCGGAACAAAAUUUUCUUACAGAUGGAGGAGGUUCGUAGGCUAAGGAUACAGCAGAGAAUCAAGAGUGCUGAGCUCGGGAUUUUAAAGGAAGCGCAAGAGAAUGAGCUUCCUGACUUUCCAUCAUUCAUCCCCUUUUUGCCUCCUUUGAGUGCAGAAAAUCUUAAGCUGUAUUAUGCUACUUGUUUUUCUCUUAUUGCUGGGAUCAUCAUUUUUGGUGGCCUUUUGGCACCUACUUUGGAGCUUAAGCUGGGGUUAGGGGGAACAUCAUAUGAAGAUUUUAUCCGCAGUGUCCAUUUGCCUAUGCAAUUGAGUCAGGUUGAUCCAAUAGUGGCUUCAUUCUCUGGAGGAGCAGUUGGGGUGAUCUCAGCCUUGAUGGUAGUUGAGAUAAACAAUGUAAAACAACAGGAACAUAAAAGAUGCAAAUAUUGUCUUGGAACUGGUUAUCUUGCUUGUGCUCGUUGCUCUAGCACUGGAUCUCUUGUUCUCAUUGAACCAGUUUCAACAGUCAAUGGUGGAGAUCAGCCACUGUCAGCACCCAAAAUGGACAGAUGUUCAAAUUGUUCAGGAUCUGGAAAGGUCAUGUGCCCCACAUGUCUUUGCACUGGAAUGGCUAUGGCUAGUGAACACGACCCAAGGAUUGACCCCUUCGAUUAGACAUGUAGUAUAACAAUUCUGUCAGUAGAGUUGCGUGGUGGAUGAGAUGAACACAGCUCAAGGAUUGAUCCUUGGCCAGAGUAGAUGCGUAUGAUUCUCUCGCCCUUUCUGUGCCGUAUAUUUCCACUGUAUAAGAAGGCUUAAUGUCUCCUUGUCAUGUCCGUGUUUACAGAAAAUUGCAAUGACUUAUUAUGUUUCAUCGUUUUAGCAUUGAAAAUAGUACGGGCAUUUCUAUA